AUGUGGCACGAAGCGAGGAGGUCGGAGAAGAAAGUCCACGACAUGAUGGACGCGGCUCGGAAGCGAGCUCAGAGACGCGCCGUCUAUCUGGCUAAGAGGCGCGGCGAUCCUCAGCAGUCCAUCCAAGCUGUUGGGUCUCGUUGUCGUAUUUACCGUGAUGAUGCGCUCUACCAUGCCACCCAGGAUCAGCAGGGCAUGAUUCCAUGGAAUGGGAAACAGGAUAUCUUGAUUGACAGAUUCGAUGGUCGUGCUUUGCUUGACUUUAUUCGAGAUACUCGACAUUUUCGGGUUCCUGAGAAGUCUGAGGAGGAAGAAGAACUAGAAGAGUUUGUAAAUUUUGAGCGUUAUCGGGAUUUAAUUAAGCAUCGCCGUAGAGGAUUUACUGAUGAGCAAGGUUUGCAUCAUGUUGAUCAAGAGCUUGAGGCGAAGAUCACCCCAUUUGGAUCAGACAGGUCUCAUAUUCCUCAGCCAGUGGCGAGCAAGGGAGCAUAUUCCCAAGUUGGUUUCUCAUAUGAUGGAGAUGGGAAAGAGGAUACACAUGAUUCUGGUGAGGAUGAGGACGAAGAUGAGGAUGAUGAAGAAGAAGAGUUUAACAGUGACGACAGCAAUGAUGAAGGGAUGGAGUCAAUUGCUAAGGAGUUUGGAGUGAAGCGUUAUGGAUGGCUUGUGUACAUGGAUAAAAAAGCCAAAGAAGAAGAAAAAAGACAAAAAGAAGUUAUUAAGGGAGAUCCUGCAAUUAGGAAGUUAAGUCGCAAGGAAAGAAGAAAAGUUUCUCAGAUGGAAAGAGAGAGAGAAAGAGAAGCUUCUCGCAUGAUUGGUACUCGAGUUGUUCACACCGACCCUUACCGUGAGUCAAGGAGGAGCCCUACAUAUGAAGCCUAUUCUCGGUCUAGGCGGUCAAGAUCAAGAUCCAGGUCUUAUUCACCUUCACACCCUAGACGCCAUGCUCGUGGUGAUGACGCUCAUCGGAGUAAAGAUAGAGCUCCUAAGAUAGAGUAUAUCACUGAGUUUGGAGGGUCUGAUGGUGAUGAACCAAAAUUCUCAGGAUACUCUCCACCACCGUCUCCUCCAUCCCAAGCUGAUGCCUUAAGCCGGCCAUCAUCCGGUCGGAUACUUGAGGCCCUUCAUGUGGAUCCUGCAUCUGGCGUAUCCAUUGAAAAGGAACACAAUACAAAACUGUUGAAAACUCCUACAAGCACAUCCUCUGCAUUGGCGAAAUUAAGCAAGGUAACAAGUAGCGGAGGGCUCCCUAAGCAGCCUGGGGAGAAGAAGGAGACUCCACAAGAGCGCCUCAAGCGGAUAAUGAGCAAACAAUUAAACAAGCAAAUAAAAAAAGACACUGCCGUUGAAAUGGCCAAGAAGCGAGAACAGGAAAGGCAGAGGCUGGAAAAACUUGCCGAAACAAGUCGUGUUGCUCGGCAUCGUUUUCGCAGCCGUAGUCGGAGCUAUAGUCGUUCUCCUCCAAGGUAAUGAAUGGCUAGAUUACCAAGAGUGUUCAGCUAUUCAGGCGUUUCAUUUAUUUUUCCAUCUUCCAUUUGGGAUUAGAGAUGAGCAGGCCUGUUCUUUUAUAACCCAUCUGGUGGUAGCUUUGAUGGCGUCGUGUACCAAGUUUUUUUCCACGGAAUUAUAGUUUGGUUCUCUUUCGAGCAACUUGAUACAGUUUCUUCUGCCUUUGUGUUGUUCUCAUUCUACUGUGACAAAGUAACUGAUAUCAGUUUUCGCAAUGUAUCACACCCUGAAAUUCAUAUUUCAGUGUGAUUUCUUGCGAGGAGUUUUUUUGUUCAACUAAUCUAAGUAUAUUUCUUAACGAUUUGGUAUGAUAAUUGAUACUGAGGUGCAGCCAGCUUCAUUUUUAUUAGUGACACUUUGAUGUAUUUGCCAUGUGUAUUAAUAUGCAUCUUUUUUGAUAUACGUCGUUACGUUCCUGCAGAAGGUAUCGGAGAAGUAGAAGUCGGAGUAGAAGUAGGGGAUCUCGAAGGCAUGGCUCUAG